UAUUGUUAACAUCCUCACAGUCUAAAUUUUCAAUAUCUGUCUUUUACAGUCCUUGAACGUGUUCUUAGUCUUCAAAUUGCCGAAUAUCCUUUAAAAAUUAUAAGUACCAAUAGUUUUAUCCUUUUCAAGAUGGCUUCUCGUUUAUUAAAAUUACAAAUACCCUUAAAAACUUUUAACUUUAGAUCAGGUGCUAUUCAGGCAACUAGUCGUUGGCGUUCAACGGCUGCACCAAGUUCUGUUCAAGUCAAUGUUCCUGAAACUAAAGUAACCACACUUGAUAAUGGCAUGCGAGUAGCUACUGAAGAUAAUGGAUCAGAAACUGCUACUGUAGGUUUGUGGAUAGAUGCAGGCUCAAGAUGGGAAACAUCACAAAAUAAUGGUGUAGCACAUUUUGUCGAACACAUGAUAUUUAAGGGAACACCAUCAAGGUCACAAACUCAACUCGAGUUAGAAAUUGAAAAUAUUGGUGCUCAUUUAAAUGCUUAUACUUCACGAGAACAAACUGUGUUUUAUGCUAAAGCACUUAAAGGUGAUGUACCUAAAGCAAUUGAAAUUUUAGCAGACAUUAUUCAAAAUUCAAAACUUACUGAAGAUGAUAUCAAUAGAGAGCGUGGAGUAAUUUUAAGAGAAAUGCAGGAAGUUGAAACUAAUUUACAAGAAGUUGUAUUUGAUUACUUACAUGCUACUGCUUAUCAAGGAACUCCUUUAGGACAAACAAUAUUAGGACCAACUGAAAAUAUUAACUCUUUAAAACAAAAAGACCUUAGAGAGUAUGUAGAUGUAUUCUACAGACCUAGCCGUUUAGUAUUGGCUGGUGCUGGUGGUGUGAAUCACGAAGACUUAGUUGAGAUGGCAAAAAAAUUAUUCAAAAACCCAAGCAACAUGAAUUUUGAAGCUAACAUUCCACAUUAUGAACCUUGUAGAUUUACAGGUUCGGAGAUUAAAGCAAGAGAUGAUUCAUUACCUUUAGCUCAUAUCGCCAUUGCUGUUGAAAGCUGUGGCUGGUCUGAUGCUGAUAAUAUACCAUUAAUGGUCGCUAACACUUUAAUUGGAUCAUGGGAUAGAUCUCAAGGUGGAGGGAACAAUAAUGCUAAUCGGUUAGCUCGUGUUGCUGAUUCAGAAAAUCUAGUUCAUUCUUUCCAAUCAUUUAAUACAUGUUACAAAGAUACUGGUCUGUGGGGUGCCUAUUUUGUAUGUGACAAACUGCAAAUAGCGGAUUUCACUUUUCAUUUACAAGAAGAAUGGAUGAGGCUUUGUGCUUCAGUAACUGAAGCUGAAGUAGAACGCGCAAAGAAUGUAUUAAAAACAAAUAUGCUUUUGCAGCUAGAUACAACAACUCAAGUGUGUGAAGAUAUAGGCAGACAAAUUUUAUGUUACAAUAGACGUAUUCCUCCACAUGAAUUGGAAGCUCGCAUAAAUGACGUAACAGCUAAAAAAGUACAUGGUAUUGCUAUGAAGUAUUUGUUUGACAGAUGCCCUGCUGUUGCUGCUGUUGGCCCAGUUGAACAAUUAUUAGACUACAAUAGAUUGCGAGCUGCUAUGCGUUGGGUAGUCUUGUAAAUUUAAAAUAAUAAUGUAUGUAUUAUUUUGUUAUUUUUAAUCCUGUAUUUAUAAGUUAAAUAGUUUUUUGCAAUUUGUCUUAUAAAUUUUAUCUUAUAUAAUACUAUUUAAAAAAUUAUAGAUUGUCAUAUCUGAUAAGUCUAUGCAAAGUAACUUUUUUUCUAUUAAAAAAAAUGUAUAGUAUUUCAAAACGUGGUUAAUUAACAUCUAAUUAUUAUUUGUAAGUAUUUUGUUCUACAAAUAUAAAAAUUUAAAACAUGAUAUCUAUAAA